AUGGUGCAGCAGAAUCAGUUUGGGGGAGCUCCAACAGAAGACCCAAAUGCUCAUUUGGGGUCCUUUCUGGAGAUCUGUGAUACAAUACAAACCUUCUACAACGGUUUGAAUGGUCAGACACGGAUAGUGGUAGAUUCUGCAGCAGGGGGUGCACUAUUAUCCAAAACUCUAAAUGAGGCUUAUGCAUUAUUGGAUGAGAUAGCUACUAAUAGCUAUCAAUGGCCAAGUGAGAGUUCAAGUGCAAAGAAAGUUGCCGGCCUUUAUGAAGUAGAUCCUAUAACCGCCCUUGCAGCUCAAAUGUCAUCUCUCACUAAUCAAAUAGUUGUAUUGACUUCACAUGGAUCACAAAGGAAAUCAAAAUCUAUUAUGACUACAUCCACUGCAUACCAAAAAGUUGAAAGGGAGAAUGAACAACUUCAGCAUGUGAACGAUCAGAAUUUCAAUCAAAAGGGAAACUACUCAGGAAACAACUACUAUCAGGGGUUCAAUAAUCAAGCGUUUGAGCGAAAGCCAUCAUUGGAAGAUAUUUUAGGAACCUUCAUUUCGGAGACCAGAUUGAGGUUCAACAAAGAUGACGCAAGACUUGACAGCAUUGAGACACAUAUGACCAACUUGGGGGCUACAAUGAAGAAUUUGGAGGUACAGAUUGGUCAGAUAGCAAUUGCAAUACAGUCUCAACAAAAAGGACAAUUUUUCAGUGACACAGAGGUUAACUCACGGGAACACUGCAAUGCUAUCACCCUAAGAGGCGGUAAAGCAGUUGAAGAACGCAAGCUUAGAGAGGUUGGGGUACCUACAUUGGAUCCCAUUCUUGUAAGGGAAAAGCAGACUGAAGGGCAGAAAAUUGAGGCAAGGUAUUUGAAGAAGGAGUUUGAUGAAAAAUUCGCAAAGUUUCUGGAGGUCUUCAAGAAAAUCCACAUCAACAUUCUCUUUGCAGAAACCUUGGCCCAAAUGCCUAACUAUGCCAAGUUCUUAAAGGAAGUGAUAUCAAAGAAGAGAAAGUUAAAGGAAUUUGAGACUGUUAAGCUAACAGAGGAGUGUAGUGCUAUAUUUCCGAAGAAGCUCCCUCACAAAUUGAAAGAUCCGAGUAGCUUCAACAUCCCGUGCAAUAUUGGUGGUAUCACAUUUGAUAGGGCACUAUGUGACUUUGAAGUUAGCAUAAACUUAAUGCCCUUGUCAGAGUUCAAAAAGUUGGGUCUUGAAAUAAGUGAUACUUAA